AUGGAUCCAAGAUUGCUGGACGCGGCAAGGUACGGUGACGUUGAUCUCCUCAAGAAAAUAGAGGAGGAGAAUGCCGACCUACGCCGUGGUGUAACUCCAUUCGGCAACACGGCGCGUCACAUCGCCGUCACGUUCAAGCAGCAGGAAUUCGUCGAGGAGAUCUGCGCGCGGAAACCGGCCCUCCUCCGAGUGCGAAACCAGAAUGGCGAGACCCCACUCCACGCUGCUGCGAUUCUGGGGAGCCACCGAGUGGUCGUCUUGUUUCUGGGGCUCGCGCCAGCGAUCGAUGUGUGGCGGGGCGACGUAAAGGAGCUGCUGAGGGCGGUGGAUCGAUAUCGCAACAACGCCCUUCACUCGGCCCUGCGCAACGGGCACGCCAAAGCUGGCCUCCUCCAUAAACGAACAAGAGGAGACUCUCUAUCUGGCCACGACGAAGGGAUUUCUUGCGAUCGUGCAGCACCUUCUGCAAUGCGAUCCCUGCGACCAUAG